CUUUGUUGAGUACUAUUUCUUAUUUACAGCCAGUUGGAAUCAUGGCCUUUUAUGUCAAAUACUAGUUCUAGAUUAAGGAGUUAGCAAGUAAUUUGUCUGAUGAUGGUUUCCUAUUCUUACUCCAACUGCCUUUGUUCUACAAGCAUCAGAAAAUUGUCUGUGACAUCAUUACACACUGUGCUCCAAUCAUUUAUCUUAUAGUUAAGCAAGAUUCUAAGUCCAAGCCUUUAGAACUAGGAAUAGAGUUCAUUUUUGCCAUUCAAGGGCAGCAACUGAAGCCUUGACUAUUCUUCCUACUGCCUUCUAAAGAAAGUGAUUUUACAAAAAGGUAAGUAAUAAUAAUUUCCCUUAACCAAUUCUUAUGUGUUGCCUUACUGUUAGGAAAUAUUUUAGAAAAUUGUUGAAAACAAUGGGCUUCUAGAGUGCAAAAUUGAUUGUUUAAUAAUUUCCUUUCACUAGAUUUUCUGGCAGCCUUUACCAAUUUCAUUCCUUAACUAGGAAUUAUGAGACGCAGUUCAGGGAGAGACAUGGAAUUGCCUAUUAAUUCAACAACUGCCUCCAAUGCAAUGUUCCCCCAUUAAGAACUCAGGCUCCUGUGAAAGGACAAAAUGGCAGGAGCCAAUCGCACCUCAGUGGAUAAGAUGUUCCAUAAUCGCAACAGAGAAAGAUGUUCCAUAGUCACAACAGAGAAUGCCGCUCUCCUGGACUCCACCAACCUAGUGUCACUGCCCAUCAAAAUUACACCUGGAGUCUAAGUUAUCAAAAUUGUAGAAAGAUUAAAAUAUUUCAAUGCAUCCUUGAGAAAGGAGAUUGUCCUUAAGGAGAGAUUGGUUCACACUCCCCUCAAGAAUCACUAGAUCCCACCAUACUGGGCAAUUUUUUUAGGGACUGUUGUGGGGAAGGUGGUUAUGCAGCAGCGUUAGUGCAUUCUGGAGGAAGCAAUUAGCUGGACUCCUUUCAGUCAAGAUUCAGACCUAGACACAGAAACAGCAUUGGGUACAAUUUUGAAUCAUAUCUGGCAGGAGUGGGAUGGAGGAUGAUUCUCCCAUCCUGGCUCAACCUCUAGCCAUUUUCUGAUAUGUGGGAAUGAAUUUGGAAGCCAGGUCAAGGGGAUUAAACGGCAGUUUAGCCAACAGGAUUGGGGCAAGAGACUCAGAAGAGUCCCUCCUUUGUUUUGGGUCUGUAAAAGAUUAGAUAAAGAGGGGAAGUACUUUCAGCCUUAUAGGGUAGGGCAAUCUGGAAACAUAACCUGAUGAAUUAAUUCUACGUUAUUGUAAGGUUACAUUAAACAGAAUCUUGUAAGGCUGGAAGUACUCCUGUCCCCCUCCUCCCCUUGUCUUGAAAUAGAUAUGGAUUGGCAACGCAGACCGUAAAUGUGUUGAACUUCAACUCUCCACAAUACUCUGGCAACAUAACUAACGGAAAGGAGAUUGGAGGAGUCUCUCUGGAAGGUACCCGAGGGUGAAUUAGAAGCUCGAUCGAAGGAGAGGGCGACAAAGGUAUCAAAGCGUAACGGGCCGCAAAACCGCGAAGCCUCCUAUUUCUUCCUCUCCUCGGCCUUCCUGGCACUAGAAUCGCUCUCCGCCCGCACUUCAGUUGAGCGACUGUCGAGCAAAGAGCCAUCCUCAGGGAAAAGCGAGGCAAGCCGGCGGCCCCACCUCCACUGUGUAUCCGAAGGGGCCGCCUUCUUUUCCCAUUGGCACUUGCCCGACAGGCCGACUCCCUCUUCCUCCGGUCCUCUUCCCGGGGCCGCUAGAGAGCGCAACUGGAGCCUGCCCGGUUGCUUUAGGCCGGCCUCUGCGUUUGCGCAGUGCCCGUGAGACCGAGGCAGCCGCGGCCCAGGCUUGGGAAAGUGGAGCGGCGGCGGCGCCUGCUGCGGCUUGCGGCGGGGCCGGCGGCUUGGGAGACGCGGAUGUGACCACGGUUGGCCGGGCCUGCGGGCAGGGCCGGGGAGCAGUGGAACAGCUCCGUGCCCCUUCCCCUCCCCCCCCCCGUCAUCCCAUCCCAAGGCGCGGGAGGAAGAAGAAGGGCUAUGCAGCCGCCUCAGCCGCCCCCCUACGAGUUCCUCAGCGAGGAGAACGGGCAGAAAUGGCGGGGGCUCCUCGUGCCGGCCCUGCGUAAGGUUCAGCAGCAAGUCCAUCCCAACCUUUCAGCCAAGGAAGAUUCCCUCUUUUACAUCGAGGAACUAAUUCUUCAACUGUUAAAUAAGUUAUGCAUUGCACAGCCACGGACAUUUCAAGAUGUGGAGGAGCGUGUUCAAAAGACAUUUCCUCAUCCAAUUGACAAGUGGGCAAUUGCAGAUGCACAGUCAGCUAUUGAGAAGCGAAAACGAAGAAAUCCUCUGCUGUUGCCGGUGGACAAAAUACAUCCUUUAUUAAAGGAGGUUCUUGGUUAUAAAAUAGAUUAUCACAUGUCUCUUUAUAUUGUGGCUGUCCUGGAAUACAUCUCUGCUGACAUCUUAAAAUUGGCUGGCAAUUAUGUUUUCAACAUACGACAUUUUGAGAUUUCCCAACAGGACAUUAAAGUAUCCAUGUGUGCUGAUAAGGUAUUAAUGGAUAUGUUUGAUCAAGAUGACAUUGGUUUGAUUUCCUUAUGUGAGGAAGAGCCUUCUUCUUCUGGUGAACUUAAUUACUAUGAUCUUGUCAGGACUGAAAUUGCAGAUGAAAGACAGUAUCUGCGGGAGCUAAAUUUGAUCAUAAAAGUAUUUCGAGAAGCUUUUCUAUCUAACAAAAAGCUGUUCAUGCCCAAUGAUAUUGACAUGAUAUUCAGCAACAUCACAGAUAUCCAUGAAUUGACAAUGAAGCUCUUGGGAUUAAUUGAGGACACAGUUGAAAUGACUGAUGAAAGUAGUCCUCAUCCCCUGGUUGGCAGUUGUUUUGAAGAUCUAGCAGAAGAACAAGCCUUUGACCCAUAUGAAACCUUAUCACAGGAAAUCCUUUCACCACAAUAUCAAGAACAUUUUAAUAAUGUAAUGGCUAAACCUGCUGUGGCCUUACACUUCCAGUCAAUUGCUGAUGGCUUUAAAGAAGCAGUACAAUAUGUGCUACCACGUCUCAUGUUAGUGCCUGUUUAUCACUGUCUGCACUAUUUUGAAUUGCUACAGCAACUUCAAGAAUGCAGUGAAGAUGAAGAAGACUGUGAAUGUUUAAAACAAGCCAUCACAGCUCUCCUGAAUCUCCAAUGUAGUAUGGAACGCAUUUAUAACAAACAUUCACCUAGACGUCGACCUGGGGAGCCUGUGUCUUGGUUCUACAACCGCCAAAUAAGAAGCAAGCAUCUGGCCAUUAAAAAAAUGAAUGAGAUCCAGAAAAACAUUGAUGGUUGGGAAGGCAAAGAUAUUGGUCAGUGCUGUAAUGAAUUUAUAAUGGAAGGCACUCUGGCAAGAGUAGGAGCCAAGCAUGAACGACAUGUAUUUCUCUUUGAUGGUUUAAUGAUCAGCUGCAAAGCCAACCACGGACAGUCCCGACUUCCAGGUUAUAGCAAUGCAGAAUACCGACUCAAAGAAAAGAUUAUUAUGAGGAAAGUCCAUAUAGUUGAUAAAGAUGACACUUGUGAAUACAAAAAUGCUUUUGAACUGGUGUCUAAGGAUGAGAACAGCUUUAUCUUUGCUGCCAAGUCUGCUGAAGAGAAGAACAACUGGAUGGCAGCCCUGAUUUCCCUCCAGUAUCGUAGCACCCUUGACCGAAUGUUGGAUGCCGUACUAUUGCAAGAAGAGAAUGAGCAGCCCCUGCGACUCCCCAGUCCAAGUAUCUAUCGUUUUGCAGUGGAAGACUCUGAGGAGAACAUAGUUUUUGAGGACAAUCUUCAGAGCAGGAAUGGGAUUCCGAUCAUCAAAGGUGGAACUGUGGUGAAACUCAUUGAAAGACUAACUUAUCACAUGUAUGCAGAUCCUAAUUUUGUACGUACUUUCCUUACCACAUAUCGCUCCUUUUGUAAGCCGCAAGAGCUGCUAAGUUUGUUGAUAGAAAGAUUUGAAAUCCCUGAACCUGAGCCAACUGAAGCCGAUAGGCUGGCAAUAGAGAAAGGAGAACAACCAAUCGGUGCAGACCUUAAACGAUUUCGCAAGGAAUAUGUCCAGCCAAUUCAACUCAGGGUAUUGAAUGUGUUUCGGCACUGGGUAGAACAUCAUUUUUAUGACUUUGAGAGAGACCAAGAGUUACUCGAUAGACUGGAGACAUUUAUUUCCACUGUAAGAGGCAAAUCCAUGAAGAAGUGGGUGGAAUCCAUUGCAAAGAUUAUCCGGAGGAAAAAACAAGCUCAUGCAAAUGGCAUAAGCCAUAAUAUAACAUUUGAAAGCCCUCCCCCUCCAAUUGAGUGGCAUAUCAGCCGUCAGUUUGAGACAUUUGACCUCAUGACAUUGCAUCCCAUAGAGAUUGCUCGGCAGCUAACUCUCCUGGAAUCUGAUCUCUACAGGGCUGUCCAGCCUUCAGAACUUGUUGGGAGUGUGUGGACAAAAGAAGAUAAAGAAAUUAAUUCCCCAAACCUGCUGAAAAUGAUUCGGCACACAACAAAUCUUACACUUUGGUUUGAAAAGUGUAUAGUAGAAAUGGAAAACUUUGAAGAGCGAGUGGCUGUGCUAAGCAGGAUUAUAGAAAUUUUGCAGGUUUUCCAGGACUUAAAUAAUUUCAAUGGAGUUCUUGAAAUAGUCAGUGCAAUGAAUUCUGUCUCGGUGUACAGACUAGACCACACCUUUGAAGCACUGCAAGAAAGAAAAAAGAAAAUUUUAGAUGAAGCAGUAGAAUUAAGUCAAGAUCACUUUAAAAAAUAUCUUGCUAAACUCAAAUCAAUCAAUCCACCAUGUGUGCCUUUUUUUGGGAUAUACUUAACAAAUAUUCUAAAAACAGAAGAAGGGAAUCCUGACUUCCUAAAAAGACAAGGGAAAGGACUGAUCAACUUUAGUAAAAGGAGGAAGGUGGCUGAAAUCACAGGAGAAAUCCAACAGUAUCAGAACCAACCUUACUGUUUACGUGUUGAAUCAGACAUCCGGAGAUUCUUUGAAAAUUUGAACCCCAUGGGAAAUUACCCAGAAAAAGAAUUCACAGACUAUUUAUUCAACAAAUCUCAGGAGAUUGAGCCCCGAAAUUGCAAGCAGCCCUCUAGAUAUCCUAGAAAAACCAGCUACACUCUAAAAUCUCCUGGAAUAAGGCCAAAUACUGGCAGGCACAGUUCCACAUCUGGCACUUUGAGAGGCCAUCCAACUCCUCUUGAAAAGGAGCCCUAUAAGAUUAGUUUUAGCAGAAUCACUGAAACUGAACAGGAGUCUGCAGCAUCAGCACCAACCUCACCAAACAUCCCAUCCACUCCUCCAGUGUCUGCGUCAUCAGAAGUCAGUGUAUUCAUAGACAUUGAUCUCAAUAGCUCCUAUGGUAGUAAUAACAGCAUAUUUGCUCCUGUCCUUUUGCCACAGUCAAAAUCAUUCUUUAGUUCAUGUGGAAGUUUGCAUAAAUUAAGUGAAGAACCCCUGGUUCCUCCUCCUCUGCCACCUCGCAAGAAAUUUGAUCAGGAGCUUUCCAACUCAAAGGGUGGUUCCAGAUCUGAUGAUGAUCCUCCUGCUGUCCCCCCGAGACAGCCACCUCCUCCAAAGAUACAGCCACGAGUCCCAGCUUACACUGGUUUGUUUGAUCAGCCAUUGCAAAGCCCUCCACCACCUCCACCAAGAGACCCUCUGCCUGACACUCCACCUCCCGUGCCCCUUCGCCCUCCAGAGCACUUUGUGAACUGCUCAUUCAAUCUUCAGCCUCCCCCUGUGGGACACUUUCACAGAGAGUCCGACUGGCUCCGGGAAGUUAGCACAUGCCCAAACUCCCCCAACACUCCUCCUGGCACCCCAUCACCUCGAAUAUUGCGUCGCUGGUGCAUGCUCAGCCCAAACCUUAAUAGCCUUGCAGCACCUCCAGUCCCACCUCGCCAGAAUUCCAGUCCUCAGCUACCAAAACUGCCACCAAAGACUUACAAGAGGGAACUUUCUCACCCUCCUUUGCACAGACACUCUUUGCUAGAAAAUGCAGAAACUCCUCAAUGACCUUCGUUAUGUAGUCUUUGACACUGGAAUAGCAGCUCCCAGCUUUACAGUUUCUCCUUAAUUUAUUCCAAUGACACCAUUUAUUUGAGCCCUUCGUCAGGCAAACACAUGGCAGAUCAAGACUCAUCCUCAAGCAUUGGAACAACAGCAGCCUUCAGACUCACUCUAGCCUCUUUACUCAUACCAUCAAUCUUCUCCUCAGGGGAUCAGUAACACUGCCUUCUCCUCUUCCUCUUCAGUGCUGUGACAAAGAAAACUAUAUUUUGCACUGCAAAUGACACACUACAUUAAUUUUAAACUGACAUCAGUUCAUUGCACUGAGCCAAAACAAAAGUGGUUGCUCGUGGAUUUUUUAUUUCCAAACUGGAGCAUGAGCAGCCUUUUCUCUCCAUGUGUGUCUGUGUGUGCGUGUGUUUUUUUAAAGAUGCAAUUAAUUGGAGAAACGUCUCCAAACUGGUGUCUUUAAGCUAUAUCAGGACUGCAAUCCUAGCCAAUAUGGCCUUCUAGAAAGCACCAGGUAAGAUGCAUUGAGAAGUACUCAUGAAGCAUUCUCACCCAAGCCAAGUUACAGUGAAUAGAUUCAUUUCAAUGUGAUUUACCUGGGAGAACUUUCAAGUGGAUGUGCCUAAUUGAUGCCAUAAUUGAUGGACUUCCCACCAAACAUGAAGACCUAUGUCAUCUUUCUAAUUUUGUUUUUAUAAACCUAUUCAGAUACUUUCUUUUCAGGAAAAAAAUUAAAAUCAAGAAGUUUGCGCUAGACCAUUAUAUUGCUGUUGUUUUCAAAUGUUAGGUGACAUCAUGUCUUAAUUUUUGUAGUUUUGCUGCUGAAAUUGGGAAAAGAUAAGUGACUAAACCAAGAGAGUGCACUACAAUUGGCCCAAUUAAGUGAGAAGCAGAAAAGGGUCUGCUUCAUCCACCUGUUCAAGGAGAAUUUAGCAUGUGUGUCCUAUUCAGUUGUGCCUUCAUUGUUUAAACAAGCGGAGGUGUCUUAAGCUAAAAAGUUGCCUGCUGUUUUGGCCAACAAAGCUAUUGCGCCAUAUUAUGUACAGUUGUUUAUAAUGUAUAAUUUACAAAGUAAUAACCUGUAUACACUUCUGUGACUUGAGGCCUCUUCUGUUCUUUCUGUGCAUUAUACUAUUGUAAGCAUUUCUCUACAUAUUAGUGAUGAAAACCAUAUUAUAAUUACCCUUCUUUCCUCAAAUUAGAGCUUUACUGUCAUUAUGGGGUCCCUCCUGAAAAUGUAGUGUUUAAACCAGCAGAUAUUGAAGAAUGCUAUUUUGGACUCUUUGAAACUUAAAUGAGACCUUCCUCUGGCCAGUUGAAUUCUGUUCUUUUCCAUUCAAGCUGGCAUAUUAAAUGAGUCUGGUUCACGUAUUAAAAAUGAACUGAAGAGAGUCUGGUAGCACCUUUUUCAAUUAACUUUUUAAAAAAAGCAUAAGCUUUCAUGAGCCACAACUCACUUUAUCAGAUGUGUAGAGUGGCUAGACCUUGUCCACUUAAGAUGGAUGGACUUCAACUUUCAGAAUCUCUAGUUCAUGCUGGAUCAGCCAGUCCACACAACCAUGGCUAAGGUUGAUAAACUGGGAUAGACUGAUAUAGGAUUUAAAUAGGGAUGAUAGGAAAGGAGGUUAUGUAGAUACAGGUUACCUAUGAGACUUAUUAGUAGUAUCUUAUUAACAACUGUUGUGUUAAAACCCCUUUGUUGAUAUCUUGAGCUUGCCUGAAAUCUUUUGAUGUAUAGGUAAUAGACAGACUAAUGACCACAAUUGUGACUAGAACCUAUGUUGUCAUUGUGAUCAUAAGUCUAGUCAAACCUAAUUUUAUGACUAUUUUUAGUCAUAAAAUAAAUCAUCAAUUGUUGAUUGGGCAUUAAAUAAAUUCCACAAAUGUUAAGCAAAUCCAGCUUCCCCAAUGGGUGUUA